GAAAGCUAAUACUUCUCUUGACUUACAAAUAAUUCUACAACAAUCUAUUGAGGAGCCUCCAUAUGAACAACAACUUCAAAACUAUAUUGAUUAUAUAACAUAUGGGUUACAACAAGUCCAAUUAAAAGCUAAACAAAAUAUUGAA